AGAACGUAGACAGGCGGCUGUGACGAUGACUGUUGACCAGAGACGUAUGAGCAGAGGCCGCAGGGCCUCUGUUAUCCAAUCUAUUGCCCAUAAUAUUCCGCAAUUGGAGAGCCGAGUCACUUUGGAUCAUAAGGAACAGCCAAAGACAGCAGAAUACCUGAUCACGAGAAAGAUCCAGAGCGACGACCCAAGUGCGAUCAUUUUCCCGCUAACAGAGUCUGAAAAGCUCAAGGUGUCCCAGGCGUACAAUGACUCCUUCAACUUUAGAGUGCUGACGACGCCAGAGGAGCAAAAGCAAAUGGAUUACCAACAGAACUUGAAGUACACACAGUUUCUCCAGAGCUGCGACUAUAGACAGCACACGUACUCGGACCUGAUUAACGAUUCUGAUGAGAUCAUCACCUCGUUGGCCAAACUGACGUUCAUGUACGACACCGUGACGAAGGAGACGGAGGAGUUCCAGAAGAAGUCCGAUUCGCUGCUGAAGGAGUAUACGUCUAUUGUGAAGUUAGGAGAGGAUGUCAAGGACGAGCUGCACUACUACGAGAUGCUGGAUGCGUUCACGAGAAAGCUGAACAACCCGAGUCCAAACAUUGUCAGAAAGGAAUCGUUUAGGAAAAUGGUCGAACAGCUAGACGAAUGCUUGAAGUUUGUGAAGGACCAUCCACAGCACAAGGAGCACGAAGUGUUCGAAAGAAGAUUCAAACAGUGUCUUAUUAGAUCCUUGACUCUGAUAAGAAACUACAUCAUCAAUAACUUGAAAACAGUGAGAGAUGAGAUAAAUUCAAAGCUGUCAAGUGCAAAGUCUGCUGUCACACAGAACGCCCUGAUUUAUACGAGAUUCGGUGCUGACUGUUCAUUCCUGAAAGACGUCUCCUAUGAGCUAUGUGUGCGUGCUGGUGAGGACCAGGAGUUCCAAGGCCUGCUGAACGAUUGUUACAACAACUACUUCAGCAUCAGAUCUAAGCUCAUUUCACCUCUUUUGAAAGAGCAGUUCCAGUCCCAUCAUAAUGAUAAGAAGCCUUUGGUACAGCAUGCUCAGACGAACAUUCUGUUCUUCACCCAAGUCCUGGAGAAUGAGUUUGAACUGUUUUACAAGGUGUUUUCAACAGACAGUGGUAAUGCGCUGAGAAAUUGGUUCCAACAAUUAGGUGAGCCUUUACAUGAUGACUUGAGAAAUAUUAUCUUGAAGGAGACUUCGAUCGUCUCUUUAACUGAGAUGAUCACGCUGUUAAACAAGUACUACGAAUAUGAGGAUGAUCACUUUGAAAAUGAGUACGACGAGUCUGGAAGUACCCAUGAAGGAGAAAGAUUCGAAAAUGUCGAUCUAGGAGCAGUAUUCGAACCAAUAUUGCAAGAUUUACAGUCCAGAUUGGUAUUCAGAACACAGAUAUUUGUUGAGGAGAACAUCGUCAAGUACAAACCUUCUGCAAAGGAUUUCCAGAUCGGUGCUAGAAAGCAUAGCAUUAGAGAUGUUACUGGUGCUGAUAAUGAGCUCGUUUCCACUGCUUACUCCAAGACUGGAUUGAAAGAUUGGUACACCCCACUGGAGAAGGGAAUUUCUUUGCUCUCCAAGAUCUAUGAGCUGGUUUCAUCCUCUGUGUUUGAUGACCUGGCACAUCACAUAGUUCACGAUUGUAUAAUCUCGUUGAAACAGGCUUAUGAGGUUGGUGUCCACGCAGUUGGAAAGUUCGAUGCUGACCUUUUCCUCCUGAAGAACUUUUUGGUGUUGAAGGAACGAGUCCAGGAGUUUGACAUCGAAUACGUGAGCUCUGAAACGUUCCUGGAUUUCAGUGGUGUUGGAGACAUCAUUCACAAGAUCAGCAAUGGUGAAAGUGUUUUCAAGUCUCAAGGCCUACUGGGGUUGGUCCAGGAAAGUGUACCAAGAGUUGUUAAAAACAUGAUUGAUGCAAGACAGGAGCUACAGUUAGAGCUCCGUAAUGUUGUUCAUAUCUUCACACAGGAUGUUGUUUCCCAGAUAUGUGUACCUAUCAAGGAGCAGGAAGUGAGCAGUGCCCUUGAUGACUCGAGAGAACUACGUGAUAAUAUUGAAGCGACACUUCCUCGUAUUAAACAGCAGAUUGAGCUAUUCAUCGAUGAUGAAAAUGUCAUAACCGCACUCAUCGAUGGGAUCCAGGAACUUCUCGUCCAGAAUUACGAGGAUUACUACCACAAUCUUUCCUCGAAAGUUGAAGGGUUAGUAGAGGUCGACAUGAUGAUCGCCUUCAUCGGACAGAUUGUUGCAAAGAUGUUUGAAUCUACACCUGAGUUUCAAACCUCUCAUGAUCUGGACAAGCUGGCCAUUGAAGAGUAGAACCCAACAAAUAUAGUGAAUUGACACCAGUACAGU